AUGAUAAAAGGAUCUAGCAGGGUCUCGGUCCCCGAUCCUCACCCUCAACUCCCCACUCAGACCGUUGGCUCGCCCCAUCUCAGCCCUCGAACGGACGUGAGGCCCUUCACGCUGAAGGAGAGCCGGUUUGCCUAUCUGCAGGCCUUGUGCCCGUACGCGACCCCUGCGCAACUUUAUUCCGCCCUGUGCGGUACCACCAACGUGGAGAAGGCCGCGCGGUGGGUCUAUGACGCGCAUCGCCCCGACAUCACCAGCCUCCGCUGGAUGACGGAGUGGUGGGAUGCUAAACGGAACUCGGCAGCGAAGGCCGAUCCUUCCCAAUGCGUGGAUUCUUUUGAGGGGGUCGAUCUCCUUCUUACCCAACGCGCGCGCGAGGCUUGCCAUAAGGAGUGCUUUUCCCACCUGUCGUCAACGCGGGAAUACAACUACACUGUGCGCGUCUUACCCGUGGAUACGUCGGGGUGGGAUAAGCAGGUCCUUUUAGCACCGCGGUCACUGCAGGAUGCAGUUCAUCAGCGGCUCUCCCUUUCCAAUGAGGAGCAAACCACUGAAACGAGAUCGGCGCGAUCUGCUAAUGAGGAGUUUUCCCCCAGAACUUCGCGGUCGCGAUAUCAAAAUAGUCAAAAGGAUGCGAAAGGGCUGAGUAAAAAGAAGGCUUAUCGCAUGGGGGGAAGAGAAAUUGCGCCAAUCAUUCGCUGGCUUUCCGAAUUCCCGGACAUGGACUUUUCCGCCUCAAAUCUUCCCAUCCAGAGAACGGAAGCGGAGAGCUUGGACAGUUUUCUAUCACUAAAGAAUUUUUUUAGAACUUGUCCGUUAAAUAUGGACAAUCUUAGAAUUCACAAAGAUCCAUAUAAGGAUUAUGAAAAGUGCGGAAUGGUGGAAGCUCCUGAUUUACUUCACCCUAUGAUCUCGAAUAGAUUUCGUUACAGCGACAAUGCCGAAGGGAAUCCUGUGCGAUUUUUGUCACCUUUCAGCAGAGAGGAAGGUAUGUCACAUCGAAAUGAAAACUUGACAUCCACUAUGAGCAAAGAUGAUGAGUCUAGUGAACCUUUUGCCAUGAGAUUAUCUAAGAAAAAACAGGCCAAUGACGAUUUAUUUACAAAGUCUCAAUUAGCAUCACCGAAGUCGGAGGAUUGGCGAGGUAACUAUCACUGUAAUUACACACAAUCUGAGAUUAAUCAGAAAACGCAGCCUUCUCGAAAUAUACCUGUGAUCGAGGUGAAGUCAGGCAUUUUUCACCCAACUCCAAACAAAAAUGAGGUAUUCCCCAUGACACAACGUGAGCGCGAGGAGAUCGAUACAUUAGAUGCCAUUAUUUCCAAGGGCUCCGAAAACAUUAUGUAUUUUAUCGAGGAGGAGAAACGUUGGAAGUUGAUAACAUCCCUGCUGGUGAACUUUUCGAACAUGUUUUCCAGUGGGAAUAGUUGUAAUCUCAUAAAGGAGGUGUAUAGCUGCUGCCCAUUGUUUGUAAAGCAGGUCGACGACAUUCUGAAAGCUUCGAUGGAAUUCUUAAACAAGGAGGCCCUUGGAUGGCAGUUAGCGUCACCAUUAGAUGAAAUUUCUGUCCGUGUUCCAUUGAUAGGGCGAAAGCUGCUUUCAACAAGCGAAUUUCAGAUCAAGGAACUGGAGAUUGACCCAAACAAGUGUAGUUGUGAGUUUAUUGAUGAUGGAAUGCGUGUUAAGGUAAGGAUUUUUAUUAAGAAACUUUUCCUCCAUCCUGUACAAUUUGCUUUCAUUGGAGAAUCCGACGCAGACAGGCAAAAGCGAUGCCUAAGGAACAGCACUCAGUGCCAUAGACCCGGCGUCUAUACCUAUACAAAAGGAGUUACGAACGGCGAGCUCAGUGUAAAGGUGCGUCGUGUUAAAGUCAAGCUUUAUGCCAAAGUGAUGAUUGCAUUUAGGGAGAACCCGGAACUCCGGAUUGAGGAGUCGUCGGUCUCUAUUAAAUCGCUUAAACUAUCGAGCAACGUGUUCAAGCUCAAUUUGUUGUACACAUUUUUUAAGCCUUGUAUUAUGUCAAUUGUGGAAAAAGGUCUUUGUGAUGCAUUAGUUAGAUCUAAUAGGUUGUAA